AUGCGUCGUCCGAGCCGAUGGGAGAAGGCAGACGAAGCGAGCGAUCCGGACGUUAGCGACGCGGAAGGAAGCGGCGAAGGCGGCGCAGCGGAGAGGCGACGAUGGCGGAAAAGCGACGAGGGGAAGCAGCAGCACGAUGAGGGGAAGCAGUCGCACAGCCGUAACAGGCAAGGCCACACGGAUUCGCAUUAUACUUCCCGCCACCGUCACCACCACCACCACCACCACCACCACCACCACCGCCGGGAGAAGGACCGAUCCAGGCACACGCGCCGCCGACACAACGAAUCGGACGACUACGAAUCGCCGGGAUCCGCGUCAGAUUACGAGGCGUCUCGCGACAAUGACGUGGCGGAAGCGGCUACAACGGUCCCUGCUACAGCCGCUGUAGCUGCUACAGCUGGUACAGCUACUUUCGCGUCGCCAAUAGGCGACAGCGGGCCUGCCGCCUUCCCUUACCGAAAGGACCGACAUUCCGCAAAUAGGUCGUCUGGAUCCGCGAAACGCGCGCACAGCAGGGAGGAGGAGGAGAGCGGCGAGGGGCUGGAUCGGCAGCGGCAGAUCGAAGGAGAGAGAAGCCGCGACCGGGACGAUGACAGGGAUUCGAAACGCCGGAGAAGGCAACGAUUGGAGAAGGGGGAUAGGGGAACCGGGAGUCCUGAUAGGAGCCACGAUGCCGCUGAUAGAAAUGAUUUUCCGGAUCGCAGUCGGCGAAAGAGUCCGGAGAGGGGUUUUGCGCGGUUGAAAGGGAAGGGAGGCGGUGACGGUCGGCGUGAGCUGUCGUUUCAGGCGGAUCCCGCGGCAAAGGCGUCGCAGAAGGCGUCGCAGAAGACGUCGCAGACGGCUGUCGCGCGGCCUGUCGCAGGGCAGGUUGGCGAUGCGGGCGACGAUGGCGACGACGACGCGCACUGGAACGCGCGGUUCGUGGACAUCGAUGCGAUCGAAGUCGCGUUCGAGGCGCCUCGGAGCCCGUUGUUUGAGGAUCUCGAGGCGCCUGAAGACCUAGAGCGGUUCGGGGAAGGCGGGGUAUUAACGACGGAAGCUUUAAUAGGGACGUAUGAGAACAAGCAGGAGAAGCUGGGGGGUUCGAAGCGGGAGGAGCGGAGGGAGAAGGGGAGCAGAAAGGCAACGGAAGCGAGGAGUGGGGACGAAGAGAGAGAAGGGAGAGAGAGAAGGGAUUAUGUGGAGGAAGAGGGACAGCGGGGAGUGGAAAGGAGUGGCCGAGCGGGAAGAGCAAGGCAGGGAGGCAAGGGAGGGGAUGGGGCCGGUGAUGAGGAGUUGAAUCCGGUGAGGAGAAGGGAGGGUGCGGUGGAGGAGAGGGAAGAAAAGGGAGGAGAUGAGGAGGAGGGGGAUGAGGAGGAAGAGGAGGAGGAAGUUGAGGGUGGAUCAGCAUUGCAUGGUAACCGGGAGAAGGGGAGGAACCGGAGAGGGAGGAGAAGGGGACGAGAGCGAGAGAGGGAGAGAGGAAGGGACAGGGAGCGUGACAGAGAUGGGGAGCGGGACAGGGGGAAAGCACGGGAGGAAGGCGUAAGAGGGAAGGAGAGGAGGAGGAGGGAUGCAGAAGAGGAAUGGCAGGGUGACUAUAGGCGUGGUGAUUAUGGCGGGGAAGGGGAGCGUAGGGAAUGGAGGCAUGGGAAGCGAGGAGGCAGACGAGCAGACUCGCCUGUGCUGUCGUCUUCGUCAGGUGUGUCCCUUUUUUACCCACCACACCUUGAUGCAUCGUCAUUUUUCUGCAUCCUAAAACAUUUAUCUGCAUCCUAA